AUACCGAACUCAAUCCGAAUUGCGUGGGUGACAAGCCAGGAGCUCGGAGCCUCUGACGGCGAGCCAUGCAGGAGCUUAAAGCCUGGCUGCAGCGGCAACUGGGGCCGCCCCUGUUCGAAAAGCUCUCCGAGGGGGAUAUCGCCGCGCUGCACCUGGCGGGGUAUGACGGAGAGCUGCUCGGCUGCGCGUCCAGGGAAAGCCUGCUGCAACUGAAGCUGACCCUACCAGUCGUCGACAUGCUGCUUGCAAAAUGCGGCGCGCGGCCGCGGCCGCUGGGCCGGGAGAGCACGGCAUCUGACGGCGGCACCGACGCCGCGGCCAAUGCCGAGCCGCCACCCACGUUCGCGUCAAUGGCGAGUUACACCUCGAGGUUCGCGGCCCACAUUCCGACACCGAGUGGCAAGGCGGCGGCCACGGUGGUCGGACGCCGACACCUGGCGACGUACGCACACGGCGCGCAUUCGAGCUGGACGCUGGGGCAGAAGAUGCAGGUCGCUGUGCACAGCCCGUACGCGGACCGCAGGCAGCACGUGGAGGCGGAGGUGGUGUACAAAUCCGUGCGUAUCGACCUCGUCCUCCUAGAGGUGCAGCAGGACUUGCCGUGCCCUGAGCUGGAGGCUGGGACCCCGGCGGGCGACACAUUCAUCAUCCACGGCCAGCUGUCACCGCACCCUGCACUCCGGGAGAACUAUGACAACACGUGCGUGUGCCAUGGCUGGGUGGCGGCGACGUCGCCGGAUAACCGGUCCCACAUCCGCGGCCACAGCAGCUCGGGUGGCGCUGACUCGGAGGGCGGCGGCUGCUUUGACGUGGCCACUGGCCGGCUGUUUGCGAUUGCGAUGGCAGCUAUUUCCGGCAGCAAUGCUGUCACCAUGCUGCCUGUGAUUGUGAUUGUGCCCAUCUUGGCGGGCCUGCGAUCAGCGCCGGAGGCGUCGUGAGCGAGUGCUUGCGCCGGGAUAUAUAGAUUGAUCACUGCGGCAGCGGUGGGGAGGAGUGACGUUUGCAACGGAUGAACCUAUGGCGUACUGACGGUAUGGUGGGGGGCCCGAUGUCACAUGUCGCAAUCAUGCCAACAUGUGUAUGCCGGCGAGGGCUGUGUGCGAGGUGUUGCGUGUUGCGUGGCAGAUUGUUGCUGAUUUGAUGGCCAGGACGGGCUUAAGGGAGGCGGGCGGAGGGUAAGCUGCAGCAGCCCCCAGCCCUCAGCAAUAGCAACGGGAACAUGCUGUAAGAGUAAGCUGUG